AUAUUUAGUGAAACAAUAAGUAUUAUUUUGGAUACGCGACGCGUCAAAAUUUGCGAAACACACCACGAUGCCGGCCGAUCGUGUUCUCGGCGUUCUUUUGCGCUCGCUACAGACCUCAGCGAGCCAACAAGAGACACCAAGGCUCCUGGGAACAGCAGCCUCGCUUUUGACGACUUUGAACAAUCCUCUCAAUGUGACAUUAUUGACAUCUCAAUUGUUGUCAGCACCGGCAAUAUGGACAUGGCCGGAAGGUCUCCGAACCUCGAUGCAAUGUCUAAGCGUCUUUCAUUCCGCAGCGCAAGCCAUAGUCCGACAGGAGAAGGCGCUCGAGUCCAACUCAUCCAAGAAAGAUUAUGGCAAGCUUCAAGCUGAGCGGACUAUGCCCAAGUAUCGGUGGAUCAAAUCUGCUAUCAGUGGUGCUGACGAGCACUCGCCACGGUGGCGGCACAUUCUCGUGAUUGGUGGUCUUCUGCUCGGUUUCGGCCCAGCGGAGGAAGAGAACAUCUCACGAACCAUGAGGAAGAUGCUUGAGAGUGCGCUCGUCACUGCUGUCAACCUGUCCCUGCGGAAGACUCGCCAGGAGGAUGAACUCGGUCUGGAAACCAUCACUCAGGUCCUCAAUCACUGCUUCCCGCAUCUCUCAGAGGAAGAACGGGAGAACCUCAAUUAUCAGUUUCUUCUACCCGUGCUGAUGCACACCACCUUCCAUGCCUCAGAAGGACUUCGCUCGGGCGACUUCUUGAGUACACUUGACUUGGACGUCAAACCAAUCUCAGAGGUACAGCUACAAUGGAGCGAUCGCUCGACAUCCUUUCGUCAGGUCAAAGAGAUUCAAGCCAGUCCUCUAGUGGCUUCGUUAGGCCCCCUUUCUCGUCUGAUUGCACACGCCGUCGAGCAAGUCUCCGAACCAGAGCGAGUGACCGACACAAUCGACGAUCUGGAGGUAUUUGUAAAGACUCUGCAUUCACAGUGGCGUGCUGGCAAACUGUCUAGCAUCGAUGUCACAGAUCAGUAUCCAUAUCUGGAUCAAAAGACAUUAAACGUCACACUACCAGCACUGUUCAAACUUUUGCAGUCAGUGUUGUUCGCUAGCGUCAUCAUUCUGAGAAGUGCAAUUGGUAGAGUCCUCUCUGAUGGCGCCCUCGCCAGGAACAAAGGUUUGAAAGAGGAGCCUUUUCUGUUGAGAUUAUUUUACUUACUUCGCUUAGUUGCUCCGGGUGUCGCGCAGCAAGUGCUACACGUCCUUCGUGGACUUUAUUUCAUCAUCACCCGACAGGGAUCUGCAUCAUUCUCUCAGUACAAUUUUGUCUAUUACACAGCGCUCGAUAUCCUUGGACAAUAUCGUCAGGAUGUCGAAUCAUUCCUGCGAGAAAUCAUGCCCGUCAAGCCUGGUACGGUGCCAGAUAGCCCGCUCGAACGGAACCUGGAUCUGUUUUUCCUCAACACCGCAGAGCACUUUACACUCGUGCUAAGUCCGCAAGUCAGCAAUGAGCUUCUUCUACCGGUUAUCAAUUCAUACCUUGCCACAGGAAGCAGUCAUCAGCUCUUAGCCAAUUUUGAAGCGGCACACAGCGUCACACUAGCUGUAUUCUCUUCACCGCAGCACUCGGAAGCGACCGUCAAAUUCUUACCCAUUUAUGUCAAUUCACUAUUUAGAGCAUUUCCGAAGCACUUAUCAUCUCGGCAAUUUCGGCUCGCAUUCAAGACAUUACUGAAGCUCACAUCGCCUCCUUCCAAACUCGCUGUGAGCCAACCCAUGAUGCCUGCAAUUCUCCUCGAGGUCCUCCAUCAUCAAUCGCACGGCGCUGGCACCACACCACUUCCACCAGUGGGAGCUCCCACGGAGGCCGACGAGUCUAUUCCGCCGCUCUCCGAGCGUGCAGUCAUCGUCCUCACUGUCUUGGAUUCACUUUCACAAAUACCGCUCGACCUACUCGACGAAUGGCUGCCGUUGACGGCUGGCAUGGUCAACGAUAUCGAUGACGACGAAAUGCGCGAGUAUUGUAAACACCACUUCUGGCAGAUCCUUGUCAAUGGAGAGCUAGAUCCCGAGCGAAGCCGUGUUUGUCAUGCGUGGUGGAGCACACGUGGUGGGAAGGAGAUCGUUUUAUAUGGGCGCGUGUCUCAGGAGGAUGACCAGGCUCUGAUGAGUGGUGCUUUGCCCGAGACUUUUGAGAGUAAAUUAUGAAGAGCUUGAUUCAUUGUAUUAUAAUUGGUUUUAUGUAUCUCGGGAAAGGGCAAACUACAUGCUGUAUACCUUGUCGCAUCUGCAACGGUACGUCAGAAGCCCGCUCGUCUGGGGCUUUUUGAAAUUCGCCUGGAGGCAAAGUUUAAAGAUUUCCUGGUGAGACGCAGACGCAUUCUGAUAUGAUUAGCUCUGCCUGAUGCGAUGAUGUGCAAUCUCUUCAUUUCUUUGUUACAAGGUUCAGCACCGGAGAAC